UGCAAAGAUGGUCGUGAAAGACUCCACUGGCUCAAUGGUACUCCUGGUAAAGGACACGAAGACAGAAUUCAUCUUACAAUGUGUCCCUUCAUAUCUGAAGAAAUUAAUGUUAAAGGAUAAUGGGGCGCAAAUGCUCAAAGACUAUAUUUCUCAAUUUUAUGAAUGUCCAUACGUGUUUAUUAUUCCUGCUCCAAAAUUUGGAUGCGUUGACCAUUGUGCUCCUUUGGUGACUUUUGUGUUAAAAGUUGAUUGGUCAAAAGAGUGUUGGCACAUUUUCAAAGGAAAAUCGAGAACUGGCAAAGAGACAUUAGAUUCGUCGUGAUAAGAACUUUGUUAAGACAUUGAAAAUUUCAUAAUGACAUUUUUAUUUGUUAGGUUAAGUUUUACAAGAAUAUAUUUGGUUUGACGUAG